AUGUCAAAAGGCCGUGUUUGUCUUGCCUACUCUGGAGGACUCGAUACCUCUACGAUCCUAAAAUGGCUUAUCCUUGAGGGAUAUGAGGUUGUGGACUUUGAUGCUGUCGAGAAGAAGGCUCUGGCUCUCGGUGCUGAGCGUAUGAUCAUUGAGAACCUACAGAAGGAAUUCAUCGAACAAAUCGUCUUCCGAGCGAUUCAGUGCAACGCCAUCUACGAGGAUCGAUAUCUUCUUGGAACCGCCCUUGCUCGACCCGUCAUCGCUCGUGCUCAGGUCCGAGUCGCUGAGAAGUACAACUGCAACCUUCUGAGCCAUGGCUGCACUGGUAAAGGAAACGACCAAGUUCGUUUCGAACUCGCCUUCAAGGCCUGCAACCCUUCGAUCAAAAUCAUUGCCCCUUGGCGACUACCUGAGUUCUGUGAAAAGUUCCAGGGCCGACAAGAUCUUCUCAAGUUCGCUGCCGAGAACAACAUCCCCGUCUCAUCCACCCCCAAGGCUCCUUGGAGCCAAGACGAGAAUCUUGUUCACUGCUCGUAUGAAGCUGGCAUCCUUGAGGAUCCUGACCACACCCCUCCCAAGGACCUGUGGACCCAGACAGUCGACCCUCUCGAGGCCCCCGACAAGCCUUUCAACUUUGCCGUCCACUUCGAGAAGGGCCUACCUGUCAAGGUUGCCACCCCUGACCAGGAGGCCACUGACUCAGUAGAGCUCUUCAAGCUUCUCAACAAGAUUGGACACGAUCACGGCGUUGGCCGAAUUGACAUUGUCGAGAACCGAUGGAUCGGACUCAAAAGCCGUGGCUGCUACGAUACCCAUGGCUUGACCAUUGCUCGUCUCGCUCACGUUGAUCUCGAGGGCCUUGUCCUUGACUCCAAGGUCCGUAAGCUUCGAGAUCAAUUUGUGACUGUUGAAUGGUCUCAGUGCCUCUACAGCGGCAUGUACUUCUCUCCCGAGCGUGAGUGGCUCGAUGAGGCUAUCGUCUCUGCUCAGAAGGGCGUCAAUGGCCAGGUCCGUCUCCAAGUGUACAAGGGCAACGUCUACGUUCUCGGACGAUCGAGCGAGACCAGCUCCCUCUAUUCCCAGGAGGACGCUUCCAUGGACAGCCUUGACACCUUCUCUCCCAUGGAUAGCACUGGCUUUAUCGCUAUCCAGUCCAUUCGAUUGGAGAAGUAUGGCGUUCAAAAAGCCAAGGAUGGUCAACCUCUCAGCCAGUCUUGAGGCUAUGUAACAACAACAUUGUAAUAAAAGUGGUUUGAUUUGGCGUUGGAAUAGGAAAAAAGGUAUAAUAGCAUGCAACUAUCCAGCUUACAUAGGAAGUAAAAAGAAUCAGCUGUUAAUUUCG